AUGAAUACACUUAUAAGUCGUACAUUAGCACGCUACACGUGCCUACCCAUGAUUGGUAGUAGUAGUAGUAGCAGUAGCAGACAUGCCAUAGCGCGGGCGCUCUCAACAAGAGCAUCACAAUUUGGAUGGAACAAAUUACAAUCGCCACUGAAGGUAACGCGGAAGGCAAACGCUAUACAACAACACCGUUUACUUUCAAACUCGGCUUUAUUGCAACUUCAGAAGCUGGAGAUUGAAGCCAACAAGAAUCUCAACAACCCUGUGGCACAAUAUCAAUUUUACAAACUUUUAUUAGCCCACAACUACCCACAAGUCGUCAUUGAGAGGUACGAGAAUGGCAAAGUAGCAUCAUCGCGCGAAAGUGCCGAGUUGUAUGUGGAAGCUUUAAGAAAAGUCGGAGAUAGAGCUAAGGCCGAUCAUAUUGCUAGCACCUUAGCUCAACAUGGCUACCAACAGCAAGGACAAGGCCUGGGUCAAAGCUCUAAUCAAAGUAAUGGGUUUCCAUAUGGGUUUGGUUCGAGACAUGAACCCGUACACGUUGUUGUAAGUGAAUCCUUAUUGACAGUUUUAUCGAAAUGGCUCAAGUGGCUUAUACCAGUUGCCUUGAUCACUUAUGGUGCCACUAAUGCAUUCAACUACCUUGUCGAAAAUGGCACUAUUUUCAAAAAUGCAGAAGUUAAUGACAAAUCGGUCGAUGUUAGUCAAAGUACCGUAAGAUUCAAAGACGUUCAAGGUUGUGACGAGGCUAGAGCAGAAUUAGAAGAGAUUGUGGAAUUUUUGAAAGAUCCUUCAAAGUUCACUGGAUUAGGUGGUAAAUUGCCAAAAGGUGUUUUACUUACUGGGCCACCAGGUACUGGUAAAACCUUAUUGGCAAGAGCUACUGCCGGUGAAGCCGGUGUUCCAUUUUUCUUUAUGUCAGGUUCCGAGUUUGAUGAAUUAUACGUUGGUGUAGGUGCCAAAAGGAUUAGAGAAUUGUUUGGCCAAGCGAGAGAGAAAUCUCCUGCAAUUAUCUUUAUUGAUGAAUUGGAUGCAAUUGGAGGCAAGAGAAACCCUAAGGAUCAAGCAUAUGCCAAGCAGACCUUGAAUCAACUCUUGGUUGAGUUAGAUGGUUUUAGUCAGUCAACAGGUAUCAUUAUUAUUGGUGCAACUAAUUUUCCCGAGUCCUUGGAUAAAGCCUUAACUAGACCUGGAAGAUUUGAUAAAGAAGUUAUUGUGGACUUACCAGAUGUCAGAGGAAGAGUUGAUAUCUUGAAACACCACAUGGAGAAUGUUGAAACUGCUGCUGACGUUGAUCCUUCAAUCAUUGCCAGAGGAACCCCAGGUCUCAGUGGUGCAGAAUUGAUGAAUUUGGUCAACCAGGCUGCUGUGCAUGCCUCGCAGUUAUCUGCACCAGCAGUUGACAUGUCUCAUUUUGAGUGGGCAAAGGACAAGAUCUUGAUGGGUGCAGCCAAGAAAAAAAUGGUUAUUACUGAAGAGUCUAGAAUUAAUACAGCGUACCAUGAAGCGGGACACGCCAUUAUGGCUAUGUUUUCAGCAGGUGCUACUCCAUUAUACAAGGCAACAAUCUUGCCUAGAGGUAGAGCAUUGGGUAUCACUUUUCAACUUCCUGAGAUGGACAAGGUCGAUAUGAGCAAAAAAGAAUGUUUUGCUAGAUUGGAUGUUUGCAUGGGUGGUAAAAUUGCCGAAGAAAUGAUCAAUGGGAAAGAAAACGUGACUUCCGGAUGCUCAUCCGAUUUGAGUAACGCCACAGGUGUCGCCAGAGCAAUGGUUUUAUCGUAUGGUAUGAGUGACAAGAUUGGUCCCGUGAAGUUGAGUGAUGAUUGGGAAAGUUGGUCACAAGAAAUCAAAAACUUGGCAGACAACGAAGUUAGAGAGUAUUUGUUAAAGAGUGAAGAGAGAACAAGAAAUUUGCUCUUGGAAAAGAAAUUGGAAUUGAAGCGUUUGGCCGAGGGUUUGUUGGAGUAUGAAACAUUAACAAAAGACGAGAUGGACAAGAUUGUGAAGGGUGAGCCAAUAAAUAAGCCCAAGAUGGUUAGUAAUACUGUAAUCAAGAAAUCAGGAGAAACUAAAGAUGGAUAUAAAGAUGUGCUAAGCUUUAAAGAUGCAUAA